CCACCGGAGCAGAUCGGCUCAGAUCUCACACACACACACACGUUACCACAAUGGCUCUUUAUCGGAACAUUACCGGCACGAGCCCGAUGGAUUACGGUACCGAAGGUCGCGCGCACAAAGCCGGGACGGUGAUAGAUGAGCGGCUGGACAGCGGGAUUGAUUCCCUGCGCGAGGACGAAAUGGAGGAUUACUGUAGCGCGCGCGAGGACACCGUGACCGCCGCAAUGGAGAGGCUGAGUGUCGACGAGGAGCGCUGGAGGACCGACAUCACGGAGGAAGGAGACACGUAUUUGCAUCUGGCGGUCAUUCAUGAAGCACAAGACAUGGCACUAAAAAUGAUUGAAAUGUCCAUCAGACACUGGUUCCUGGACAAACAGAACUACCAGAGACAGACGGCGCUGCACUUGGCAGUGGUCACAGAGCAGCCUCUGGUGGUGGAGCGUCUGCUGAAGGCCGGCUGCGAUCCCACGUUAGUGGACAACAAAGGCAACACGGCAUUGCACAUCGCCUGCAAGACAGGAUCUCUCGCGUGUUUCUCUCUCCUCACGCAAAACUGUGCAGAGUUUCUGCCGUCCAUCCUGCAGAUGCCCAACUACAGCGGUCAGAAAUGCUUACACGUGGUGGCUGUACACGGUUUUCUCUCAAUGGUGGAGAGCCUCCUCUGUUUUGGAGCUGACAUCAAUGAACAGGAGCAGUGUAAUGGCAGAACGGCUCUUCACUUAGCUGUGGACAUGCAGAACCUCGAGCUGGUGAAGCUGCUGAUCUGCAAAGGUGCAGAUGUCAACAGCCUGACGUACGGUGGCCACUCGGCGUAUCAUCUCACGCAUGGACGCCAGAACAACGACAUCCAGAAAGUGCUGCAAGAAGUCACGGAUCAGGACUUGUGGGAUCUGCCUGAGAGUGAGAGUGAGGGAAGCGAAGAUGAAUACGAAUACGAAUACGACAACUUCCACAGCAGUGAACUACAGUCUGAUGAGGAGUAUGAUGACAUUAGAGUGAUGGGGCAGGAGUAGAGAAGAGGCUCGGGGGUUCAGAGAGCUUUAGAUGAUUAAAAAUCGUCCAGUCCUGCGAGAGGAGAGGCAGCAUCAAAGGCUAUAGGAAGACAUUCUGAGAAAUACGGAAUCCUGAGCCGGGAAACAGGCAGGCAGAAGACCACGGACGCAGAGAGGAAUUGUACAAGAAGAAAAAAUUCAAGUCAUAAAGAAAGAGGAAAACAGAUGAAGAGAGAAGAAGGCAGGCAUUCUGCUCAGACAUGCGUCAAUACUGAGCUUUACUAUCAUCAUUAUCUGACUAUAUAUCAUAGUUUACAAUAGUAUCGCUAAGGACACGUGUCCCUUCCAACGUAAAAACAUCCGAAACAAGGACAUUUGGAAGUCAGCUGGGACGAAGCGAUGCGUUUAAUAUAUCAGAAUAUCGUGUAACUGAUAAUCAGCACAUGCCUGGUGUCUGGACUGAAGCUCCACCCCUGCAGUGCUGUUGUAUUAAACUGUAAUAUAUUGUGUAUAGACAGAUUUAUUUUUUUAAAUGUAAAUGUGUAUAGAUGUGUAUCCUGUUUUAUUCUGUUGGAAAUUCUGAAAUAUUCUGCUAAAUUAAAACCCCAUAAUUGCGCA